AUGCAUUUUUCACCUCCUGCUGUGUCUGUAAACACCAUUUCCGUUAGGGUUAUUACCGCCAGUCCUAAUCUGCUCGCCUUCCUCCCAAUUGACGAGCCAUUACCAACUCGUGCUCUACAGGUAGGCCAUUACUCCCAAGCCUCUCGGUCUAAACCAAAGAUGUCUCAAAAACGCUUAGCUGGACUUGCCUCCGCCUUUGAAGGCCCGUCCUCAAAAGCGCCUCAAGCCCCCUCGACGGUUUCCAGCAUUGCAUCCCGCUUCGACGCCUCGCCUGCUAGCGAUUCCAAAGAACCGAAAGUCUCCGAAAAAGUAUCAGGCAUCGCAAGUCAGUUUGGCACCACAAUCGCCGAUGCUGAUGCAAGCGUGCGUAAGAAGAAAAUUUCGCCCAAACCUGCCGCGAAGCAGCCUCAAAAGCCAGAUUCCGUGACUGACGAGCGGCCCAGUUUUGGCGAGAUCACCAAGCGCUUCGCUUCGGGAAAGGCGGGGCUAGGAACAACCGCCCAAAGCGAUCAAUCGCCCAACAUGUUUGCCGCAGCAGCGAAUGCGUGGGGCAAACGAGAAGCGGAGGGCAAACCGAAGGCCGAAGGAAAGGUGACUGCCUUUAAACGGGAGAUUGAGAAUGCGAAAAAGUCGGCUAACAAGGAAAGAGAAGCUGUGAAACAACAGGCACAGGUCCCCUCCGACAAAGUCGUAGAGGAAAAGGCAGGGGGAGUUGGAAGCAUCGCUAGCAGAUUUGAGUCUGGGGCUCAGGAGAAAGCCAAGCAGGACGAAAGAGAGCCCUUGGUUGACCGCUUUCAGAGCGCCACCAAAAUCUUUGCCGGAGAGGAGAAGUCUGAGAAAGAGGGAGCUGACGCAGAAGCUGUGAACAGCAAGUUCGCUGAUGCCGCCAAGCUUUUCGGAGGGGGUAGCGCAUAG